UUACACAGCGGAUAUGAACCGUUCCAAAUCUAGUUUGGAAGCUUCAGCACGAUCAACUGACAGAGAUGUCAUUUCAAGUUUACGAGCAUUUGACAGCAAACCAACGAAACGAAAUUGUGCGGAGUUGAAUGAAAUAUUUGAUAUUUCAUCAGGAAAUGUAAAAAAAAGGAGAAAGAUGAAUAUGCCCACAAUUGAUGACAAGGAAGAAGAAGGUGAAGAAAAGCAGAUCAAUGCUACAGAAUCAUCUGCUGCUAGCAACAAGAGUUUCUGGCGAGACGCUGCUCUUCUGGCAUCCUUGAGCACCUCACGGCAAUGGCUCACAGAGGAAAUGAACAAGACGGUUUCUGCUUCGAUGGAUAAUCACGGUUUCAUCAACCCAGACGGAAACAAUGCUGCAACACUAUCCAGGUGUACCACGCCGGACUCAGUGCCUGGAAGCGACCUCUCCAACAGCUCCACUUUCCAAAAGAGCGGGCUCUCUAACUCGAUUGGUGGAUUGGACAGUCGUCCCCCUUCCCUGGUGAAUUACGCGUUGAAUCAUCAGGUGCCGUACGGCACAGGGCAACAGUCACAUUCCAUAUCCAGCAACAGUUUCAUUACAGCGCCCUAUUACGUGCAGCCGAUCAAAGUGAUUUUGAGAGAGGUGUCGACCAAUACGGACAGUGACUGGAACGAAACUAGUGGGUCAGAAAAAGACACAGUGAGACAGUUUAACAGGAAAGAUUUUGAGCGAGACCAGGAAUUUGAAAAUGAGCGAGUGCGAAGAUUAAUGGGAUUGGAUGACGAGAUAACAGCUGUUUUAGUGACUAAGGUGAACAAAAGUUUGCUUGGGUCCACCUCCUCGUUCAAACCUGCCCAGACAACCGAGACUAAAACCGCUGAUGAUGCACCUAUUUCUUCAACAGUUUCAUUUGCUGCCGUUUUUGCGAGCUCAGCUUCGAAUUCAAACAGCGCAACAACGACAACAGGAAUUCAGAACACCCACAAUAGUCAAACUAUGAUGUCAUCAGUAACUGGUAAGAUCGCCACGGGUGUACCAAGUUUCACGUCUGCUCCGUUGAUUCAGAAUACUGCUUUCGGAAUGUCAAAAGACGGAGGUUGCUCAGCAGUUGCGCUGCCCAAACCAGCUGAGAGUUUGCCGGAAGCGCCAAAAACAAACGGAACAGUAAGCGAAACUGCGAACAAACCUUCGAUAAAUUUCUCAAAUCAACCUGUAUCAGCAGCUUCUGAACCUGCGAAGUCAGUCACAACUUCAUCUUCACUUUUCGGAAGCAUCAAUUUCAAUUCGUCGGUUGUUCCUCCAAAAACAAGCGCGGUUCCUAGUUUCAACUUUGGAGCAAAACUAACGGAAAGUACACAACAAUCUUCGAACAUGUCAUCCGCUGCUCCGUCGAUUCCCUCCUUUUCCUUCACGCCACAGUUCAGUACAUCAGCUUCAUCGCUAACUGGAUCUGGUUUAUCGACAUUUAAAUUCGGAGCUCCCAAUACAGAUCAAUCCAGCCCUUCUACAAACUCAACUACAGCAGCGUCUGUUAAACCAGCUUCUUUUGCAUUUUCAAGUCCAGCUGUAGCCAGCUCAGUAGCACCAAACGUAUCGUCGGCAGGGCCCAUGGCAAACUUCAAGUUCAGUCCGUCGACUAAUAACAACGCUGUGAAUACUAUGAGUUUCGGUACGUUUGCAAAUCCAACUGGUCCAAAGGCCGAAGACCAGAAGUCGGGAAAUUUUUCGUUAACACCAUCUACGCAAGCAAGUGCCUCUACAGGACCAUCCGCCAGCAGUUUUACAGGAAGUUCGCUUUUUGGAAGUAAUGCACCUGCAAGUUUGCAACCUUCGUCAGGAUCGAAUAUGUUCGGUCAAUUAACGAAGUCAACAACGGGAUCUUUGACAUUACCGGGUACUGCUGCUUCAGGAACAAACUUAUUUAACCAUGGUGUCAGUACCUCGGUGGCAUCAACAGUGUCAACUGCGUCAAUAUUUGGUUCGGGAUCCGUAACGUCCGCGACUGCGACUCCUUUCCAGUCAAAUUUCUCGUUUUCAUCGACACCUUCCAAGAGCACAGCUCCUGCUACUGAUGGCACUGUUUCGAAUCUCUUUGGCGCUCCUUCGAAGCCUGCUGCAACAAGUGCGGCUCCUACUGCAGUGAUUGCUCCUAUAUUUGGAGCUGGGUUCCCGGCUGCUGCUAGUGCACAGCCUGCAGCUGGUGCAACUGCUCCUUUUGGAGGACACUCUAUGUUCACUGGUGCCUUCUACUCGUCGAGUCAAAGUUCGGCUACUAGUAUGUUCAAAUUUGGUGGUCUGUCAACCACUGCAUCAAAUACCAGUGGUACAUUCACUUUUGGAGGUAAUAACAACCACUCAAGUUCUCAAAAUGCAGCCCCUGCUUUGUUUGGCGCCGGAGGAACAGCAAACUCAACUUUUGGUUCCUUUCAACAGAAGACGACACAAUCAUCUAUUGCUACACCUUUUGGAGGCAACUCAGCAGCAGCGUCAAAUAAUUCAUCACAAGUUUCUACUAUGUUUGGAGGAGUAUCUUCGACGACUUCCGCAUCGCCUGGCAUUUCCAAUAUUUUUGGAGGCAUUAAUGGUACAAGCAACGCCCCAGUUCAAACCUUUGGCUCACAGAACAUUUUCGGAUCAAAUUCAGCCAGUAAAUCCAGUGCUCCUUCAUUCGGGGGUAGCAGCGCGACCACAACUUUCCCAAACACGGGCUCAAACCCGACAUCAUCCCUAUUUGGAAACUCAGGUGCCAGCAAUACUCAGACACCUGUUUUUGGACAAAGUUCCUUGGAAAGUAUUUCGUCUGGAACUGCAGCACCCAGUGCUCCUUCAUUUACAUUUGGACAAGGUGCGAACAGUAAUCAGCCUGCGCCAGCAUUCAAUUUUGGUGCCGCAAAUGCGGGUGCAAUGACGUUUGGGGGAGGAUCUAGUAACGUAGCUACUACCCAACAACCAGGAAUGGCUGCAACAGGACCCGCUGCUUUUUCAAUAGGUCAAACAGUCGCGAACGAUUCCAUAUUGCCGAAUAGAAGAAUACGAACGGCAACCAGGAAAACGACGAAGCCGGGAAGCAAAAGAUAGACAAAAGAUCAACAACAAUUUAUAUACAGUUUAUUCAAAUUAAUAUUUUAUGACUGCCUGUUAUUUUGUAUUAUUUGCUCCUUUCAUCUGUGGUUUCAGGACACUUUAUUUUGGUACGAUAAAUUAUUCUCUGCUAUGCAGUUUGCUGUUUUGGUGCUCUAUUUAGACUUUUUUUCGAUAUUUUGUGUUUUGCUGACUGCUGUUUUUGAUCUUUUGAGAUUAUGCUGAGUUGUACGAUAAUGAACUUUUAACAUUUAAUAGUACGAAAAAUUAAUUAGGUUAACAAAACGUUUUGAAAAAUAAACUUGAUGGAUUGGAAAAUGAUUUAGCUGUUCGAGUCGUUUAAUUUUUUGUGCCUUGCUGAUAUUCUUGAAAAAUUUGGAAUCAAAUUAACAACCCUAAGAAUGGUUUCUUGAAAAUGAAUAGAGAUUAUUUUUGAAAGACAAACUCGUCGCUAGAACUAAUGUUUUUUCUUAGGGUUGCCAUUCAAUAGCUCGAAAUUGCUGGCCAAAGCUCAUAUCCAAAAUGUUCGAGCUGGAUGAACCGCUCAGGAUGACUCAAGCAAUCGUUAAUUAUAUUUCAUAAAAUGUUCAGGCCCCCAAAAAUGGGAUUAAACUCUGUCUAAUGGAUCAGUUUGGGCUAAAAUUGCAGAAGAUAUGAUUUGAUAGAGAAGCUCGGUUCGACAUUUUAUAGUGUUAAUUUAUCUGAUCUCAUCAAGUGUUUUUACCACUGAUUCAUUGGCUUUUAUGGGUGGGUGUUUGGGUAAAGUAGGGGGCUUGCCAUUUGCUUAGAACGGCGAUGUGUUCAUCCAUGUUCGGUUUACCGGAGGUCUUAAUUUUCAUCUCUGUGCUGAUAUUGUUCGCCCAUUUGUUAUUUUUCCUUUCCAGGACUUUUUCACACUGUUCAAUGAGUUUGCAUAUGUGCAGACUCAGUUAGUGUUGAUGUGCUUGUUGUGCUCACUGCGCCUUCCUUUUUUGAUAUGAUUGAAUUUUGACCUGAAGAUGCAAAUUUAUUUUUUCUGCUGAA